AUGCUGUUCGAUACAUCGUUCGUUGGUGCCAUCUGCCUCAGUCUCGCUCAUGCCAUUCCAACACAAGAUCAAGCCCGAUUCGGAAGUCAUGUCAGAUUGUUCGAGACUAGGGACUCCGGUCUCAUGGGCCGGCAGUCUGAAGUACCACCGCCGCCCGAGCCAGAACCUGUCACCGUCACCGAGCUGCCUCUGCCACCAGUGACAGCAGACACCGGGGCCGGCGGCUGUACUAAAGAAAUUAAUCCUCGGGGAACAGGAUGCAUUGGCAAGUCCACCGGCCUUCAGUCAGGAGACUUCCUACCCGAUGACCUUCACGUCGUGGCAGCGGUGAACUUCACCGGUGCCCCUGCUGUCCCUGACCCCGCGAGCAUCUACACCGGACUACAGUUGAUCAUCGUCAAAGUCGAUAACACCACAUUUCCUAAUGGCGAUGCCUGGAAGUGCAUAACCUGUGGUGUUCCUGAAGACAAUUCCCUCGGCCGCAGCGAGCUGCUCGAUUACCCGCAAAGCUUCAGCGAUAACAGGCGCUUGCUUGCAGGCCCCAACAUCAUCGAGUGCGAGGCCGAUCUCACAAGCGAGGAGUGUACCCCUGAUAAGGUUCAUGUCUACCCCAUCCGAUGGAACACCUCAGCCGACGGAUCUGGAGUGGGUGGCAGCAUCAGAGAACUUCGUAUUCAUCCGGACGACAAGCACCUGGGAUGGAGCUCUUUUACGGUCCGGAGCGGCAAGGUGGACCAGUACGGAUAUGUUGGAAGGCUCGAGUUCAACCCAGCACCAUCUGCAGGCGAGCCACUCGCGCCUCGUUAUGAUCUCGCGAACGUCAACGUUCUCUUCAACAUCGACGAGCCACAGCCCAUCGAGAUCGAUCCCGAAGAUAGCACCCAACUUCGGAUUAACCCCGAUGCUAUUGUUGUCGGUGAGCUUCGCGGGUUCAGCGGUACUGGCAAGGAGGUCACAUUCAUUGGCUAUCCUAUCGAGUCGUCUAAUAUUGACGUGAUGGCCGCCGACUUCACAACCGGAAAGGUUCGGAGGCUUACAGCUCACCCUGAGUAUACAGAUCCUGUCGAUGUUUCCCCGGACGACAAGUGGACUGUCGCCAUGGACACACGCGGCACCGGGAGGCAGAUGUUCAUUGCCGGGCUUCGGGGCAUACCACCCCUGACGGACCUGGUAAGCAGUAGUGCCACAUCAUCAACCAGAAACAACGGCCAGCGUCGCUUUUUUCAGCUUUGGCUUAUCGAUGGCUUUGGGGAUCGGGGAUCAUACUUUGGCCAAAAGCUCAACGCAGAAGGAGACGGUGUUCCUGGCGGUGGCGCCAUCAACGAUCCGGAAUGGAACGGCCGCGCCGACCCGAGAUGGUCCAAUGAUGGCACUCGCGUUGUCUACUGGCAAGCCCUCACCACAUCCCCGGACUGUGGUGGCACGAACCCUCUCCCAUGCUAUAAAUCCACUGCACUCGGGGGCCGGACUGAGCGAAUGAUGCUGGCACAUCUCACUAGCCGCAAACCUCAAAGUCGGACGCCAGUGGAAUGCUUGCCCGACACCAUACCGUGGGCAACACCAUACGUCCCUGGCAGCCCUCCGCCUGCAAGACCGGUGCCGCUGAAUGGGACCUUCACACUCAAGGGCAAGACCGGGGGUUGGGCGAACAUCACUAUCACGCCAAAGAGCGAUGGGACUUUGCCAGAAUCUGUGGCAGUAGAGUACCAUGACUUUUCUGACGAUGGUAUAAACGUACUAGUUGGAACUGAGAAGGUCACGGCAAGGAAUCCGACACCAACGCUGGAGCAGGUUGACUGGUUUUCCGACCUCAUUCAGACAGGGCCUAACAACGGCACCAAGAAGACUAGCCCGGAGGGAUUUCAUCUUUCGAUUGAUAUUAUGACCAACAUUUUCGACGCUAAUGGCACCUUGACAACCACUACCAAUGGCGAGGAAUGGCAUCAGCCGGCGAACGGUACUUGA